AUGAUGACGACGUGCCGUCUGCUGUGCGCCCUGUUGGUGAUUGGUCUGUGCUGCUGCCCGUCCGUGUACGCGACAACAACUGGUGAAGAUAAAACUGAAAAAGAAAACGUUCCAAAGGUUGACGAGACAGAGGGAACAGGUCAGGAAAUGGAAUCGCAGAGUGCAACUUCUCCUUCGCCAGGGACGAAAAAGGAGAACAAAGGGACGAAACCGGUAGAAAAUAUGGCGCUUCAUACGUCACAUACAACGGGUACAAUAACCAAAACGCCACAGUCACAAAAUACUUCCAGUAAUACACAGGAUCAAGAUGGUGGGAAGUCUAAUGAACAGAUAGAACAUACGAACACCGUUACGGCAAAUGAACAAAAGAAGGCCGCCGCACCAACUACGACCACGACGACCACUUCAACGACGACGACGACCACAAAGGCGCCAACCACGACGACCACCCACGCGCCGUCACAUCUUCGCGAAAUCGACGGCAGCCUCAGCAGCUCUGCGUGGGUGUGUGCCACGCUGGUGCUCGUUGUAUCCGCGCUGGUGUACACCACUCUGGGCUGA